AUGGCCAUCCUGUUCAGCUUCAUCUUCUGCGUCUUCUUCGUGGCGAGCAGCCUCUUCGCUGUCGACGUUCAGCAGCAGGUUCCGCUCAUCAAGGAUGGGGAUGUUGACCUUAUCUAUGAACUCAAGAAAGCAGAGAUCAUCCCCACGGUCAUCGAUACUUUCAUCCCCCUCGCCACCCUAAACAUCACCUGGUCAAACGCCACCGCCCACUACGGCAACACCGUCAACCCCUCCCUCACCCAAUCCGUCCCCAACGUCAUGCUCUUGGGCUCAGACUCCGAACCCUUCAUCUCCUCCAAGCACCCGCAAGUCGUCGUUGCCCUCACAGACCCCGACGCUCCGUCUAGAGAUAACCCGGAAUGGAGCGAGAUCUGCCAUUGGGUCGUGACGGCUUUGCCGAACAAGGCGGCUGACGGCACAGUGGAGAUGAGGUUUCCGGAUGGGGUGGAGGAGGUUAUGGAGUAUAAGCCUCCUGGCCCGCCGCCGGAGACGGGGAAGCAUCGGUAUGUUUUUGUGGCGAUGGUCGCGAGGAAUGGUACGAUGGACGAGCUGCACCUGAAGAAGCCGGCGGAUAGGCAGCACUGGGGUUACGAGAAUGAGAGGGAAGGGUUGAGGGGGUGGAUGGGAGAGAUGGGUUUGGAGGUUAUUGCGGCCAAUUUCAUCUACGAGCAGAACGACGAGCAGUGA